AUGAACACAUCAUUGUCUAUUUUAUUGAGAUCAGUGAGAUCAAAUAAUGUACAAACAAGACAAUUAAAUUGUUGGACAGCAGCAAUAACUAAAAAACACAGAAAAAUAUAUGAAAGAACAUAUCCAGCAUUGCUUGUUCAUCCAGAUGGUAGUAGUAUUAAUGUACAAUAUUUCGAACCAAGAAAAAUAGUUGUUCUACCAUUGGAUUUAUCAACAUUAACUGAAGCUGAAAGAAGAGCAAGAAUUGAAAGGCGAAAGCCAAAAACAGUUGUUAAAAUUGAGGAAGAAUUAGAAGAUGAUUUUGACGAAAAUAGAUAUGUAAAUAUGAGAAAAUAUUAA